GCUUUAAUAACUUGAUGCAUAUGAUAAGCAGUAGUAAGCAAUUUCGCACUCUAAUGAGUAUGGCAACUUAAAAACCACUGCUAGUUUCAAGUUGAUGCAGUACUUAUUGUUGUGAUCAUUCUUCAAGUUGUUUAUGCAUCUCGUUCGAAUUAUCUCUACAGUGUUGUUAUAUUUGACGCGCUUGUUUUAAGUUCAAAGGUAUCUGGAACAUGAGUUUAUAGGUAAGAAGACAAAUGGAUGAACUAAAUGACAGCUUGGAAGAUUAUGAAGUAAAUGAGGGAAUUCCCACAGUAAUUAGCAGAAAUACAACAGGGAUGGAAGAUUAUCAUAGUGGCAAUGAGCAGUCGGGAAACCCUGUGAGCUUGAUGCAGACUGGCCCAUUUAUGGUAAAUGAGGCAGCUCUGAAUAUCAGGGGAGAAUUUGACUUCACACAGAUUGGCAUUGGAGAAAUCCAGGCCAGAUCGAGUUUGGGAUAUCGUCGGUCUGGUCCAGAAGGAAGUCCUGCAUUUAACACAAGCAGUGGCUUUCUGCCUCAGAAAACAGCAGAUGAGGAAUCUGUUAUCUUCAGACCUGUUGGUCAACUAGAUUUUUCAGCUUUGGAUGACACAGAGAGGAAUGAAGAUAUAAGCAGGGACAGGUCUGUUUCCACACCCCAGAAAAAUCGACCCCAGGCACCAUACAUGGCAGCUGAGAGGGAAGAAGUGUAUGGGUCUCAAGACAUGGACCAGAAUGAUUCUAGGAACAACUCACCAGCAGCGGGGUUCUUUGAAAUGAAUCAGUCUCCUAGACAGAGUAGUGAAAGUGAUGAGGAACUCAACAGCAGAGUGAUAUUCUCUCCUCUACGUAGAAUGGAAAACAAUGAUUCCACUGAAAAUAUUCAUAGAUUUGAAUUUGAACGUCACUCAGUUCCAAACAAAUUUCAAAAUGAUGACCAACGAUUUCAUGAACCAAAUCUUGCAAAAUCUCCACUGAGUGACAGGGGAAAAUCUAGUCCUAAAGCACCACAAAAAGUUAAAUACAUUAUGUCCCCAGGGGAGGUAAAUCCUGGUAAAAAUCAACAAAUCACCUCUCCCUCAUCACCUGUGAAUAGGCCAGAUAGAAGGGAAGUUUUUGUGUCUAUUCCUGCUGUUGAUCAACAUAGGGAAAAGAAUGGGACCCCACCAAGUAUUCAAAAAGACAAUCAACCUAAAAUUCAAAGAGCAUUUACCAAUGAUGAAGACAAUAUGAAUUCUCAGGAACCUAGAACAACUCACGUUCAUGUACACGGCAAUGCAUCUUGGGAUAUUCCAGUAUCUGAGAGCUCACAGCAGACUCAUGUUAAGACAUCCAAACCUCAGCAGAAACCACUUAAUGAGAAGAGACCAUUUGUAUCAUCAGUGAGGAGUGAAUCGUACAAUGCAUAUUUACAGAGCAAGGAGUCCCAUUUACCCAGACCCAAAACCAAAGGCUCCGAUGCUGUUAAGCCAGCAGAUACUUCUAAAGUCAACACCAUUCAGAGACCAGAUGGUUCAAGACAGAAUGCUGGUGAAAAGAAAAUGGCAGGUCCAUAUCCAACACAUGCUGAAAACAGAGUAAUGGCUAGAAGAAACAUGGGAGCUGGUCAGAAUGAGAGACAGGUCAGGACAGAUCAGACAACAAGAAGAACAGUAGAAACUGCAGAGGAGAAGCGCCCCCGGUCCUAUCACAGUGGGGGUGAAGCCAGGGUCAAUGACCACUCCCCGGUCCACCCCGGGGCCAAUGUGGUGACCCAAGUACAGCAUUACCAGUCAGAUGGAGAGGAUGUUGCUCAGAAGCAUGUAACAAAGAAAAACAUAGAUGUUUUUGGGAUGGAUGAGGUCCGUAGUCAACUAAAGAACAUGCUCAAAUUUUCCUCAGCUUCUGGACUAGAUGACAAUCAGAUGAAUUACAGUGACAACGGGUUCAUGAUGGAGAUGCAGGCAGCUGAAGAGAUGAUGCAUAGGCCUGGGGAGUACUCAAUGAACAGCAAUAGUGGUGGUGAGGAUGUCUCUGAGCUUCUAGAAAACUUCCCAAGCUUUACCUCCAAAAUGUGGUCAGACUCCUCCAACCUUAACCGCAGUGAGUCAUCUCUGUACGCAGAGAACCAGAGACUGCGGGAGGUGAUGGAGAAGGAACGAUACAGGAGAAAGCACUGUGAACAAUACAUCCAGAAAUUGAAUGGCAAGCUUUUAGAAACUCAGCAGCAGUUAGCUGUUGCCAUAUCCACCGAAAAGAGAAAAGACCUCAUGAUAGAACAACUAGAUAAGCAACUGGCAAAGGUAGUGGAAGGCUGGAAGACUCGAGAUGAAGAGAAGGAAGGCAUGUUGAUCAAGUUACGGACAGAGAAAGUGAAAAUAGAGGAGAAGCUCUCCAGACAGGAUGAGAUGAUUAAGAACUUUGAAAAAGACAUGGCAGAUGCUUUGGAUCAGAUGAGGAGUGAGAAGGAGAGAGCAAGUAUUGAGAUCAGUACUCUGAAGGCACAGAUCUCUGAGAGAGAGCGAGCUCGUUACCAUGCAGAAGAAAUGUUGGAUGCUGAGCGUGAGCGUUCUCAGCUCAUUAACCAGGAGUGGGAGAACCUGAAGGAGACGCGAGAAGUGGCCGAGAAAAAACUCCAGCAACUCCAGGACCGCCUCCGCUCUGAACAGGAUGACUGGUUCAAGAGAGAGCAGGAAUUGUUGCAGAGGAUUGAUGAAGUAUCGGAGAACAACCAGAAAGUCCUGAAACAAGAGAAGGAAAAGUGUGAGGAGGCGGUGAAGCUGUGUAAAGACAUGGAGGAGAAGAUCUACUCCCUACAGACAGAGAGCAAGAAGUUUGAAAUGGAGCUGGAUGCAGCCAUCAGGGAAAAGGAGAGUAUGAAGGUUGAGAUGGGCAUUAUGGAGGCCAAGUUUGAGAGUUCACAGCGUUCCCUGGAGGCAGAUCUACAAUCCAAGAUGGAGAAAGAGAUUGCCAGUCAGAUGGCUGAGAUCCACAAAAGGACGGAGGAAACUGAGAACGAGAUUCGCCAAAGUCAUCGGCUGCAGAUCAAAGAGCUCAACCAGAGAUACACCAAAGACAUGGAGAAAAACCUGGCCAAGUUCCACAGCGACCAGAAAAGCAGGGAGGAGGAGUUCAGAAAGCUGACCCUGGAGUAUGAGGAGAAGUUGCAAGAGCAAAGAAGUGAAAUCACUUCACUUCAUAGCAUCAAACAGAAACUAGAGUCACAAAGGUCGGAGAUUCUGAUGAAGCUGCAGUACAUGAUGCAGUCCCAGUGGAACGAGGCCGUGCAAAUGUUGGCCACCACCCCUCAGAGAAAGACAUAUGCUAACACAUCGUUCAGUAGCCAGGUCAACGCAACCUCAACUGCCACGACCUUGAAUAGCAGUCUCCCUGGGGGUCAGGGGGCCUUCCCCAUCACCAGCAGCCCAGGGAGGGACAGUCAUAUCCUCCCACCAGUGGAGCCCAAUGUCAGUGACCUCACUACCUCACUCCAUGUCCAACAGUUCUUUCAAAGUCUUUCCCAACCUUUGGUCUUCCCACCACAUUCAUCCUUUCAAACUGAUUCCAACAUCAGUUCAAACCACCAUCAGAGCACCAGUCAUAACGUCACCAAUACUAGUCAUCAAGGCACACAGAUCCACGAACCAGGGAAAGCUUCAGAAGAGCAUCAUCGGAGAGAGGAGGAGGGGAGGGGGGCGAGGAACGGGGCACAGGAAGACAGAGUGCAGUCUGUGGAGGAGGAAGAACAAGAGACGAUCCAUAAUUGGCUGAGGAACUCCCAGGACAGCUUCAGGACAGGGGCCUCCUUUAUAGGCACUGAGGACAUAAAGAGCUCCAACUUGUCUGUGUCUGAGCUGGUAAACAAGUUUCAGGGCCCCAGUGGUCUUCAGGGUUCAGAGGGUUUUCUGCCUCAGGGCCAGCAUUUGGAGUAUGUAUCUGUUUCAAACAGUGUGCCUGCUGCAUAUCCCUCUGCUGCUGUAGCCAUCAGGCCACCGCAGCAUGGAAAUAGCCAGGCAUCCAAUCAAAACCCUCCUCGGGUUGUGUCCUCCAAUCGUGUUCAUGAUAGAAGUUUUGACAGUGCUAGAUCAGCCAAUCAGAGAGAGGAACAGUCAUUUCCUGAGAGAUUUGCUCAGAGUCUUCCAGUGAAAGGAAGAAGUGCUUCCCCCACCCACUCACAUCAAAGUAAAGAGGAACCUGUGUCUUGGCCACAGAGAAACAUCAUUCACUCGCCACCAACAAAACAAAGUCGAGGUCAUGUGACAGAAGACCACAGUCUGUCUGAGGAGGGUAUCAGGCUGGAUGUGGAUUACCAUCACUUGUCUCAGCGAUUAGAUGAACACGAGUCUAAGCACAGCCAGCUCCAACACUACAUUCAAAUGCUGCUGCAGAAGCCCCCCGGAGAUCCAGUGGUGGGGGAAGGAGAGGAGGAUAGCUCCAUGCACUCUCACGACCAUACAGAGGAAGACUUGAAUGACACAGCUCAAGCAGCUCAGAUACAGCAGGACAUGAUAAGACUUCAGCAGCUCAGGGAGAAGAAAAAGUCACAGGCAAUGAACAAUGUGAUGCCCCCAGAACAGUUAGCAGAAAUAUCCAAGAUGCUAAAUCAGGUCAAAGGUCAGUCUGGGGGUCAAGUAAAAACAGCGACUGCAAACAGUGAAGAGGAGCAAAUGCUACAAAUAUUUAAUCUGCUGAAAUUUAUGCAAAGGGGAACAGGUCAUGUCAGGCAUGACAGUGGAGGAGUGGCUAAACCUGACGCUGGUCACAAUCCUAGUGCCCCGACCUCACCAAGGUCACAGGGCAAGGACAAGGUCAAACGAAAUCUUAAGGACCAGAUGGCAGGGGUAAUGGAGGGCCAGGUUAGGACUGACAAACAAGGAGGGAAACCCCCACUGAACCAGCAACAGAAGAAACCAGAGAGGAAGGUUGCUGCGGGGCCAAAACCAGGGCCGGGGGCCAAGUCCAAGUCUGCCUGGAAGUGAGACCAAAAAUGGGUCAAAAGUGAAAGUAGCUGCAUGUAUGUCAGAUAUUGAGAGAAGGGGGAUAAGAUAUGAUAUAGGAAAUGAGUCAAAAGGUUUAAGUACCUACGUGUAUGUUAAACAUGAAGAUUUAGAACAGACCAGACGUGGGAAAAGUGAAAAUAGAUAGAUAUGCAAGCUUAAAGUUGAUACUUGUUUCUGUUAGAAGAUCAAUUCUGAAAACAAGAUGAAGUCAACUUUAUUUUACCUGAAUGAAAAAUGUCGAAACUUAACCAUUUUCUUUUUUCUUACAGGUAUGUAAUUGUAUAUUUUAUAAACAACAUCAUACUCUGUAAAAAUCCAUUUUUUAUUUAUCUAUUUUUACCUUAAAUGAAUCUGAAUUUAUUUUAGUUCGUAUUUUUUAUUUAUUUGCUAUUAAAUUCUUCUAUGCUUUAAAAAUGUGCCAAAUUAUUAUGACUGUGUAUGUAUGAGAUGAAAGGUCUGAUUACAUGUAUUUCUGGAUUUUAUGAGUAAUGUAUUGUGUGACAUCUGUUUUCAUACUCUGCACAUGUAUUUUGAUAGUUGUAAAUGCUAUUUUGGCAGCUGUUUUAAAACAGAUUGUUUUAUUUGUUCUCUAUAUAGAUGAUGGACAAGAUUUGGGUGCUGAUCUAAUAAUGGGUAUUCAUUACCUUGUUGUUCAUGUAUUUUCAAAAAGGCAUGCAGUUAUUUAAGGCAGUGUUGAAACAUUAUACCAGGUGAAUAUUAAUAUGUUGUACAAGUUUCAUGCUUUAGAAAAUUAACAUAUUAUAUAUAAUCAUAGAACUUUAUUGUUCUCUAUAUUGGGAUACAGGUAAAUAUUAAAUAAUAAUAAUAACAUUUGAUAUAAUGAUAUCAUAACUCAAUACUGCCCAGGAUUACAAAUAUAUUGACAUAAAGAGACUGUCAGACAUGUAGUUGGAUGGAUUCAUUCUCUGUUAUUGAGGAUUGUUACAUGCACAUCUGACCUACCUUUACCAACCCCACUCAUUUUGAGUUGCUAUUGGGAGCGAACUUGAAGUGUUGUUCAUUGAUUUAUCUUACGUUAGGAUUAUGAGUAGGUGACAAUAAAAGGGUUAUUUUAUAGAUCUGAUGCACGCUCACAAAUAAUUUUGUGUUCCUGUUAGUUAUUGAGAAAUGCUUUAUCUUCAUGCAUGUACACAUUUUUUAGAUAUGAAGAAAAAACCAAGAACUGACAUUUUAGAAAGUAUUUGAUUACUGUAUUUUGAAUAUGUUCUCUAAUCAAAAUGGACCUUGUUCUAUUAUAAAUAUUUCUCACUGUUAUUUUAACAUUGUUUGUCCAGCAGUAAACCAUACACAUGUACAACUUGGGUGGUAUAUGUUAUUCGUCUGUAUGGGGUGUAGAUGUUAGCAGCUGACUAUUUAUGUGGUGACGACUGCCUUAGGUACUGGUAUUUAGGUAAAAUGGUACUGGUACAUACAUGACCUCUGCUUUGUUUGUUAAGAUAUAAAAAGCAUUUUUUUCAAUUUGAAAACCAAAUUAUAUUUGCAUAUUCCGUCCUGAAUAAACCAUAAGUAAUGUC